GCUGCUGUCAGCCGGUCGGACAGAGAAGGCGCACGAUGGCCAACGUAAAGGGAGAAGAUGAAAUAGCUUUCUUCGAAAGAGAAAUAGAAGAGUUUUGCACUGAAUUACAAAGCAUUGUGAGUGACCAAAUCAUUCAGAGUCGAGCACUAAGAGAUUCAUGCAGGGAGUUCGUAAAAGCACUUUCAGAGAAAUGGUCCAAGAAGCUGAAAGAAAUGGACCUGAUGAUUGAUAAAAUUCAGGAAUAUAGCAAUGAGAUGCUCCAGUUGAGUGAAAGCAUAUCGGAAAAUGAAGGGCACUUGACAGAAAUAAAAUCUAUGCUUAAUCAAGAAAAGCAGCAAAACAAGGACUUGACUGACAGUGUCCAAGAGCUUAAGGAACAGAUGAAGAAGGAAACUUCUAAUUCCAAAAGCAUUGAAGAGAGAAAAGAACAACUAUGCAAGUUGAAAGCAUUCUAUGAAGAGAGGCUUGGACUGGAGAUACGCAGAACGCACAAUGAACAAUUACAGUUUAUAUUCAGACAUAUUGACCAUAAAGAUCCUGACAAACCAUAUGUGUGCACCUUUUCCAUAAAUGAACAAGGAGAUUAUGAAGUGACUUCCUGUAAUCCUCCUCUGGACUGUAUUGCAGAGCUCCAGCUCAAAGUGAGAGAAACUAACAAUUUUUCUGUAAUGGUUGCCAACAUCAGAAAAGCUUUUGUUGCUUUAUCUUGUAAACAGUCUACAUAAAACAAGCACAUACCUCUCUA